GUUCUGCAGGUGAGGCACACUCAGAACUACACCACCCCAGGCAAGCAGUUUGCCAGGACUCGGGGGCCUCAGGGUUUCAUCUCGGGGCCUCCGCCUGCACCAGCGAGUGCGCCUGGCUCAGGGCGAGCCUGUCCUUCUUCUCCUUCUGCAAGACCUGCUCCUCCCACAGCGCCUGGUCCACCUGAUCGUCGGUGAGCACGACAGGCCUGUACUUCUCAUCGAAGAGGCGCUCGUUGGUCUCGGAAUGCAGCUGCUGGGGCCCGACCACCCGCAAAUGAGCCGGCAGGUGCAGGAAUUCGUCGUCGUUGAUGUCGCAGUCGCGCAUCCGGGCCCCCAGCACCCACCAGUGACCCACGAAGCCCACAUCCAGGACCCGGCCGGGGAAAUCGGUCCAGCGGGGCUGCAGGUAGCGGCAACGCGCCUGGUAGAGGCUUGCCUGGGCGUCGAAGGGUGCCUCGUACACCAGCGAGCAGAGUCCCAGGUUGACGUGGCGCAGGCGGCCACGGCCCCGCAGCCAGAGCAGCCGCUGCACGAAGGCUUCGGACUCGCGGUUGCGGGUGGCCGGCGCCAGCAGCAGGAGGGUCCCCGACGCCUCCAGCAGCGCCUCCUCGAAGGCACCCUCGCUCGGCGCCAGCGUGAAGCAGGCCGCCGCGCCGCCCAGCAGACCCACAUACACGGCCGCGCGCCCCGGCCGGGCACUAGCCUCCGCCGCCGCAUCCCUGCAGGCCUCGGCGUAGUCCCGGAGCAGCGCGCGGGCCCAGGACCCUGAGGGGAGAGGAGCGCGGUAAGAGUGAUGUGGCCGCUGCGGCCACCCACCCUGCCGCCUUCCGCCGCUACUCACCCAGCCGCGCCCACACUCCCGGCUUCGCCACUACCGCGUCGCCUGCCUCUGCGCGGCGCCGGGACCAAAAUCUCCUCAGAGCCGCCGCGGCCAUCCUCUUCCGUCUUGGGGGUCCUUGCUCCGGGAAGAAAAACUGAUACCCGAAGAGCCCGGGAGUCUCUUCUGCGCAAGCGCCAACUUUACCGGAAGUGGCUUCCCAACGAGAGAGAAUAGAAAGAGGACAGGCGCCGGAUGUUGCUGUCAAGUCUCAGUCGGGUAGACUCUGACGGCGAGGGAUGCGGAGACGCCCCUGAAUGACCAUGGCAUCGGCCGACGAGCUGACCUUCCACGAAUUCGAGGAGGCCACUAAUCUUCUGGCUGAGACCCCAGAUGCAGCCACCACCAGCAGAAGCGAUCAGCUGACCCCACAAGGGCACGUGGCUGUGGCCGUGGGCUCAGGUGGCAGCUAUGGAGCCGAGGAUGAAGUGGAGGAGGAGAGCGACAAGGCUGCGCUCCUGCAGGAGAAGCAGCAGCAGCAGCAGCCCGGAUUCUGGACUUUCAGCUACUAUCAGAGCUUCUUUGACGUGGACACCUCACAGGUCCUGGACCGGAUCAAAGGCUCACUGCUGCCCCGGCCUGGCCACAACUUUGUGCGGCACCAUCUGCGGAAUCGGCCGGAUCUGUAUGGCCCCUUCUGGAUCUGUGCCACGUUGGCCUUUGUCCUGGCCGUCACUGGCAACUUGACGCUGGUGCUGGCCCAGAGGAGGGACCCCUCCAUCCACUACAGCCCCCAGUUCCACAAGGUGACCGUGGCAGGCAUCAGCAUCUACUGCUACGCAUGGCUGGUGCCCCUGGCCCUGUGGGGCUUCCUGCGGUGGCGCAAGGGUGUCCAGGAGCGCAUGGGGCCCUACACCUUCCUGGAGACCGUGUGCAUCUACGGCUACUCCCUCUUUGUCUUCAUCCCCAUGGUGGUCUUGUGGCUCAUCCCUGUGCCUUGGCUGCAGUGGCUUUUUGGGGCGCUGGCCCUGGGCCUGUCAGCCGCCGGGCUGGUAUUCACCCUUUGGCCCGUGGUCCGUGAGGACACCAGGCUGGUGGCCACGGCGCUGCUGUCCGUGGUCGUGCUGCUCCACGCCCUCCUGGCCAUGGGCUGUAAGGUACGGGUCUGGGGUGGCCAUGGGUGGGGCCGAGGGGCUGGAGGGGCGCGGGCUGGCCCUGCCUCUGACCCCAGGGGUCUUGUGCAGUUGUACUUCUUCCAGUCGCUGCCUCCGGAGAACAUGGCUCCUCCACCCCAAAUCACAUCUCUGCCCUCAAACAUCGCGCUGUCCCCUACCCUGCCGCAGUCCAUGGCCCCCUACUAGGAAGGCCCGGGUCCCACGGGUAAGGACUAUUCCCAGCUGGGCUAAGGGGGCUGCCUUCCCACCCCCAGUCAAGGCAAGAGGUUCUGGGGCCACUCCCAGACAUUCUUUCUUUCAGGCAACACCUAAGGGGACCAACCCCUCUGCCUUUCCUGCCCCCUAGACGAUGACUGAAGGCUCCUUUGACACCUUGAGAUGACUCUGCUACUUUCCAGACUUUUCUUACAAAGCAAACACUUUUAUUUUCUAUGCAAAGGUGAUUCAGAGAAUUUAUAUAAAGGCGGGCGAGGGGCAGCCGAGCAGGGAGCUUUGGGACAGGGCUGGGGCCCCCAUAUCCCCCCGGGACCACCUGCUUUCCCUCCUAUGGCUCCCCUGGAACAGGAGGGAGAGCCAAGGGGGUGGCCCAGCCUGGACAGUGCCUGCUCCUGCCUGGGUGCACACACGGCGGGCCUGGGGCCGGGCCUGAGCUCCAGCAUCUGAAUCUGAGUUUGGGGGUAUGAGAAACAGGGGAGCAGAAGGAGAAGAAAACUGCCUGUGCUGCAACACGUUUCCUCGUUUAUUUUUUCUUUCUUUUUCUUUCCUUUUUUUUUUUUUUUUUGGAGGGAGAGGUCCCUGCAAGGUCCCUUCCCGGGCAGGGGAGGGACGGAAAUGCCGUCACAGUAGUAGGGACUGGAGCGUCUACAAGGAUGGAGGGGAGCUACUCAGGCCUAACGUUAGCUACAAGGAAAAAGGACGCCUUCUGUGACAGAUCCUUGAGGUGUCUCUGUCUGCCCCAAGUGGCCGGCAGUGGCCUUCCCUCCGGGCCCAAGGCCUGCAGCCACCUGCUCUAACUCUGAGUGGGGGGGCGGGGGGGACCUGCAGGGGCUCGGGGACAGGACAGCAGCAAGAGGCAGGGGCCAAGGACGGAGGCCUUCCCGACAGUGGGGUGGGUUGUACAUUCAAGUGUGAGGUGAACCCUUUGGUGGGGAGGGGCCCCUGAAGCCUCGGCGGGGCCACCCCUCCCCGCGGCGCCUCUGAGUCUAGGGAGAGGGGCUGCUGGCUCGGCCCGGCCGGCCUGGCUUCACAGAGGGUCUGCGGAUUGACACUGGUUCUUUUCGUAAAAAAAUAAAAUUAAAAAAAGCA